AAUGUACCGAAUAGCAGUCAGUCGUGGUUUCACUACUGAUUCCCUGCCCGUGCCCACAAAUGCCACGUGGCCGCCUUUGCCCGUCUGUGCCUGUGCCGUCACCGCCGCCGCCGCUGCCUCGCCGCCGUCCGCUUCGCAUCACCGUCAGCAUGGCGCCCGAGAUGUACCGUCAGGAGGCCUACAAUGAGAAGGUCGACGUGUUCAGCUUCGGAGUCAUUCUGUUCGAGGUGCUGAACCGCUACCAGAUGGUGUGCGCCAUCAGCAUCCAGGGCACGGAGGAGGAGGUUGAGGGCUACGCAGCCAAGGUCUCAGAGGGCUAUCGGCCGCCGCUGCCGGAGCGCUGGCCCCACCACGUCAAGCAGCUCAUUGCGGACUGCUGGGCGCAGGACCCGGCCGCGCGCCCCAGCAUGGCAGUGGUGCGUGAGCGCAUCGCAGGCCUGAUUGCGGCGGGCGUGGCGCAGGAGAUGCAGGAGCAGCUCACGCCCAUGGCACCAUGCACAUGCAUCAUCUCGUAAGCGCGUGCGUGCACGAACGCAUGCAGGCGUGCAUGCAGAUGCAUGCACGCAUGCAUCAUUGUAGGCGUGUUGCGGCGGCGACAUACACGCGGGCGCUGCUGCGGAGGCAAGGUGCAUGAUGCACUGCGGCGGCCAGGCACCCGGCGCAUGCAUGCUCGGCCCAUGCUGUGAGGGAUGGUGGGUGGGGGCACAGCCAGAUCCGCUCACCAGAUAGGCUUGGCGCCGACGCAUGGGCUACGAGUACGGGCAUGCAUGUGUUACUUCGGUGGUCCAUGCAAGAUUGAAGUUUAUGGACUUAAAGUUGAGGUUGAAGCAAACAUUUGCAGUUUGGGAGCGCGGGCUUCACACAAGUCAGCAGGCGCUGUGCGGCGCCCUCACCGGCACCGCGGCGCCGGAUGGAGCUAGCCUGCAGGCAGCAGGUCACGCCGUUCACAUGUGUGCCGGAAGCGAGACGCGCAGAGUGGGUGUGGCGACUAAGGCUAUGUCCGUGGUGGCUGUAUUUUUGGCCUUGCGGGAUGAGCUGAUAUGGGGCGGUGCAAUGCAUGGGAAUGUGUGUGUUGGCAGUGCUGCUUAUUGCAGCAGCAGGGCCUGCCUGCUGAGGGCUGGGGAUCGGGGUUGGGGCACGGGGUUGGGGGGAACUUGAAACGGAUGUGGAGGGCGGGCAGGGCGCCUUGCCUGCUGCAGGUAACGAAAUGCGAUUCUUGAAGUUCGUGGUUGCGCGGGUCAGGGGUGCAGCAGAAGAGAGACGCUGUUCCGCUGCGGCAUGGCCAUUCAACGCAGGCAGGGCCAUGCGGCAUGAAGGGGAGGAAUUGGGUUGAUGCGCAUUUGUGGAACUGCAGCACACACGUUGUCAAACUGGCGGCGGCAACUGAGCAUGGUAAUGCCAGGCAAUUUGGUAUAUUUGGCGCGAAGUGUUGAGUGCUCUGUGGAGCAUAGCACAUGACAGGGAUUUCCCGGGAUUUCCUCACACAUGGUUUGGACUUGUUUUGGCAUUUGCGUCAAGCACAGACUUACACGAUGGCUGAGUUGGGUACGCGCUUGUAACGUGCCCCCCCCCCUAUUCACGUUCACGCCAUGGUUGGAUGCGGCGCCGCGCUUGACAGUUUUAUUCAAGUUUCGCAGUUUUGUGUUUCGUCAUGUGUGAUUAUGUAUGCGACGUUACGAAUAGGUAUGGACUGUCAUGUAUGAUAUGCCGUAAUGAAGAUGGAUGUUGUACGAAUACGCAAGCUGGCGGUGUGGUUCCCUGCGCAGUUGUCAUGUGCUCAGUUGGGUUCCUUGCGUCUUACUAACUUUCAGUGAAAGUGGUAAGGCUGUGAAGGGCACACACGGUUGACAAAUGUGCGGGUCUUUUGUGGGGUUUCAUGUGCUGGCGUUCGCCGAAUGCCGUUAGCGCUGCUGGUGACCGGACCAGCAGGGUGCACCCCCGCUGUUUUACAAUGGGCCGCGACAUAGAGCUCAUGGCGGGGCCGCCCCUAGGCUCUGGCUGGUAAGGCUACUGAAUCGUCGGGCGUGGGAUCCGGGGAAGAGGAUGGACGAGGCGGAAGUUGCGGUUCGUACUAGUUGGACUGUGGAUACAAGCAAGGAUGGAGGUGGUGGUACAUUUGCAGCCAGAUGCCCGAAGCGUCACCUCGCUCGGAUGCCCCCGAUAGGCUGGAGAUUUACAGUCCGCUGGCGAAGGUCGGCCGUACCCAGAUUGCUGUACAUAGCACAACGCCGCACACGUGCGUGAAUGCAUUGACGACUUGUUUAGCACUUUAGCUUGGCGUACGAUAUGGUGGGAUUGCGACGUCAGGUCCGGGCGUCCGGCCAUGUGCAUGAGUUGCUUUACUUGCUGUGUAGAGGGUACCCGCGCCUGUCAACAUACGAGCGUAUCCAUGCCCAGCAAGGACACACGAGCACAACCGACACGUGUAACAAUUGUGACUG